AUGCUCAGGGUGGAGCCUGCUGGAUUCCUAUGGUUGACACCAGGUCUGAGGAAGUAUUCCUGUGAACUCACACUUGACAAAAACACAGUAAACAGAAAGCUCAAACUGUCUGACAACAACAGGGAGGUGACAUAUGUGGAGGAGUUUCAGUCAUAUCCUGAUCAUCUAGACAGAUUUGACUGGUGGUCUCAGCUGCUGUGUAGAACUGGUCUGACUGGUCGCUGUUACUGGGAGGUCGAGUGGGGAGGAGACAUUUAUAUAUCAGUGAGUUACAGAGGAAUCAGCAGGAGAGGAGACAGUAAAGACUGUGUGUUUGGAAGGAAUGAUCAGUCCUGGAGUCUGGACUGCUCUGAUGAUGGUUACUGUGUCUGGCACAAUGACAAAAUAACACCCUUCUCCUCCUCCUCCUCCUCCUCCUCCUCCUCCUCUGGUAGAGUAGCAGUGUAUGUGGACUGUCCUGCUGGCACUCUGUCCUUCUACAGAGUCUCCUCUGACACACUGAUCCAUCUCCACACCUUCAACACCACAUUCACUGAACCUCUUUAUCCUGGGUUUGGGUUAAGGCCCUGGUCCAGUUCUGGUUCCUCAGUGUCUCUGUGUUCUCUGUAGGAGGGAAAGUCUCCUCCUGUUAGAGAAACUCUCUCACUGCUGACCAGAUAGUUCAGUCUGUACAGGAUCACACACAGCUGAUGUUAGUUCGUACCAACCUGAUCUCUCAGUGGUUGUAAAUGCAGUUGGAGCAGGUGAGGGGUACCUGAGCUGGGCUGGACUCUGGGGGGUUGAGAGCUCUCUGGGACUUGUGGUGUUGCUGAUGGACGGCUAAAAGAGCUGAGCGAGGUCGAUGUAAUUACCUGAAAUGAUCUGUUGUCUGAGAGAAGGCGUGAAAC